GGCGGGCGGGGGCCGGAGCGGGGCCCGGCGCGGGGCGGGGGGAGGCGGCGGCGGCCCCGGCCCGGCCGCGGGCGCCCAAGAUGCGUCGGUACCUGCCGGUGGCCCGGCAGCAUUUCCUGGCGGCGCUGGCCGGCACCAGCGUGGUGGUGAAGUCGCUGAGCGGCGCCGCGGUGCUGCUGUAUCUGCUCUCGUUCGGCCUGGACACGGCGUACGGGCUCGGCGUGACCCCCGGGCUGCUGCUGCCCCCCAACUUCUGGGUGUGGACGCUGCUGACCCACGGGCUGGUGGAGCAGCGCGCCUGGGGCCUGGCGGGCAGCCUGGCCACGCUGGGGGCGGCGGGGCGGCUGCUGGAGCCGCUCUGGGGGGCGCUGGAGCUGCUGGUGUUCUUCACGGUGGUGAACGUCUCGGUGGGGCUCCUGGCGGCCUUCGCCUACUUCCUCACCUACGUGGCCUCCUUCCACCUCGCCUUCCUCUUCGCCGUCCGCGUCCACGGCGGGCUGGGCUUCCUCGGCGGUGUCCUGGUGGCGCUCAAGCAGACCAUGGGGGACAGCACUGUCUUGAAAGUGCCCCAGGUCAGGAUGAAGGCUGUGCCCAUGCUCCUGCUCCUUCUCCUGGUUCUGCUGCGGCUCGCCGCCCUCGUCGAGAGCAACGUGCUGGCCUCGUACGGCUUCGGGGUCCUCUCCAGCUGGGUCUAUCUACGUUUCUACCAGCGACACAGUCGAGGCCGCGGAGACAUGUCCGACCACUUCGCCUUCGCCACUUUCUUCCCCGAGAUCCUGCAGCCUGUGGUGGGUCUGGUGGCCAACGUGGUGCACAGCAUCCUGGUGAAGGUGAAGGUCUGCCGCAAGACCGUCAAACGCUACGACGUGGGCGCCCCGUCAUCCAUCACCAUCAGCCUGCCCGGGACAGACCCCCAGGAUGCCGAGAGGAGAAGACAACUGGCCCUGAAAGCCCUGAACGAGCGGCUGAAGCGCGUGGAGGACCAGUCGGCCUGGCCUAGCAUGGAGGACGAUGAGGAGGAGACGGCGUCGAAGGCUGACAGCCCGCUGCUGCCCAACCCCAGCGCAGCUGGGAAGAGCACCAGCCAGGAGUCCAACCUUAUCACCUUCCAGGAUGCCCCAUCCCAGCUGUGACCGGCUGACACGCCGCCCCCCUCCCUGCCCCGUCUCCGUUGGAGAGCUGCUAACACCCCUCGUGUCCUCCCCACGCAGCCGGGGUGCUCGGCGGGGAGCGGGGACUCCUGUCGCGGCAAAGGCAGGGGGGCUACCUCAUUCCAAUGCUUCAUUGCCGCUCAUGGCCAGCACCAGGCGCCCAGGAUGACGCCGCUGCCGCUACCACAAGGACAGGGGUUCCUCAAGCCGCUCCCCUCGGCACAGGGCAGGCCAUGGACAUCAGCACUGGCAGCGAGGGCUGUUCCAUGGGGGAUGUGAGGCUGAUUCCUGCCCCAAGGCUGCUGCACUUGCCCACGUGGGAGCAAAGCCAACAGUGCUUCCUCGCUUCUCCUCUGCACUGGGGGUUAGCCAGAGCACUCAACACUUAUUUCCUCCUUUCUGAAGAUAGUUUUGGUCCCUUAACCAAGGGAACAGGAAGGCUGGUGGGUUUCUUUUCCCAAUCCCUGCCCUGUGGGGAGCCUCCCUCAUCAUGGCAGGAGCUCGCUGUGAGCGGUUUGCCAGGCCGCUGGGCAGGAGAGGGCUGCCCAGCACCAGCUCUAGGCUUUGCACCCAGGGUUUCUCUCCUCCUCCUUCUCCAGCCCCAAAGCCAGCCCUGCAAGGAGCCGGUGCCCUCAGCCGCUCCCCAUUUAAUCCGUUUGUCAGAUUACACUAGAAGCUGGAAUUAAUUUUCCCUCCAGCAGCAGGUUUUCGUUCCUGCGGGUAGAAUAUGGGCUCCCCUUUCUCUUUCUCUCCCUCUGUGUUGAUGGGGUUUUUUCUUGUUUCCGGAUGGAAAGGAUGCUCCCUGCGACAGCCUCCUCGCAGCUCCUGAUCCCCAGGCAGUCCCCAGGACGCGGGGCGAUGAUUUGUGAUUAUUUUUUUAAAAGGACCACACGAGAAGGAUUUUGUCAAUGGGAAAAAACACAGACAUUUCGGUAUCAAUAAAGAGUUCUUUGAAAGA